GAAGAAAAGGAUGCCUUUUUUGAAAAGCCUCCAGUACAGGAUUUAACUAAAAGUUUUAGAGAUAUAAACUUAUCUCGACCAUUACUAAAGGCAAUUAGUACUUUAGGAUUCGAACAUCCGACGCCAAUUCAGUCAUCAACAAUUCCUAUAGCUCUACUUGGCAAGGAUAUUUGUGCAUGUGCAGCAACUGGCACAGGAAAGACUGCAGCGUUCAUGCUUCCUAUAUUAGAAAGAUUGAUCUAUAGACCUAAGAGAAUUCCCGUGACUAGAGUUCUGGUACUGGUUCCGACGCGAGAAUUGGCUAUUCAGGUAUUUUCCGUUGGAAAAUCCUUAUGUCAAUACACAGACAUAGAAUUUUGCUUGGCAGCAGGAGGGCUAGAUAUCGCUAGUCAAGAAGCUGCACUUCGACGAAAUCCAGAUAUAGUCAUAGCUACGCCAGGACGCUUAGUCGAUCAUUUACAUAAUACUCCGUCGUUCGACUUACAGGGUAUUGAGAUUCUUGUACUUGAUGAAGCUGACAGGCAAAUACACGAACACUUUAAAGAUCAAAUGGAUGAACUGAUUCGAUUAAGCCCCAAAGGACGGCAAACGAUGCUGUUUUCCGCAACCAUGACAGACGAAGUGGAAGAGCUGGCUACACUAUCUCUCAACAAGCCCAUUCGCUUAUUUAUAAAUCGAAAUACCGACGUUGCAAAUAAUCUACGUCAAGAAUUUAUUCGCAUUAGGCCUGCAAGAGAGGAUGAUCGAGAAGCUAUCAUAGCCGCUUUGUGUUAUCGACAAUUCAAUGAACGUUGCCUAAUUUUUAUGCCAAUGAAGUGGCAAGUACAUCGACUAAGAAUAGUCCUGGGAUUAUUGGGAUUAUCAGUUGAUGAGCUGCAUGGCAAUCUAACUCAAUUGCAACGCUUAGAGGCUUUUAACCGUUUUAAAAAGGGGGAAAUUGGUAUUUUAGUAGCUACUGAUCUAGCUGCUCGUGGAUUAGAUAUUGAAGGAGUUAGAACGGUAAUCAACUACAAUAUUCCAGCAACUACUAAGCAAUAUGUUCAUAGGGUAGGUCGAACAGCAAGAGCGGGCCAGUUUGGAAGAUCAAUCACCCUGGUGGUGGAAAAAGAGCGAAAAUUACUUAAGACCAUUGUAAAAAAUUCAAAGACGGCUGUAAAAAGUCGAAUUAUCUCUCCUGAAAUUAUAACCAAGUAUAAAAGAAAAAUACAAAAAAUACAGGCCGAUAUUAAAGAUAUUUUAAAAGCGGAAGAAGAGGAGAAAGCCUUUAGAGUCUCUGAAAUGGAAGUAAAUAAAGCUAAGAAUUUAAUUAUUCAUGAAGAAGAAAUACAUAGUAGGCCAAAACGCACUUUCAUUCAAGCUGAGAAACGUGACGGUAACAUGAUGUUCAUGUAG